AUGCUCCUCCCAGACAAAAAUUUGCGGGCGAUACCCCCCCCAAUCCCCUCCUCCUUGGCCCAUCCCCUAUCCACGAGCUGGCCCCGCAUCACCGCCGAUCCCGGCCGGGAAAGCCUCGAUCUACGCAAUAGCGUGUUCGAUCUAAAUUCCGCCCUUGCCUAUGGCGGUAACAAAACACGCACGUUGGAACAGCUCGUAGCCGAAGGGCAUGCCCAAGGUUGUGCCACUCUCGUCAGCAACGGUGGCGUCCAGAGCAACCACGCCAGACAAGCGGACUGCUUGGGCGGCCCGUCUCGUCCAGGAGCACUGGGUCGAGUGGGAAGAAACCCAGGCUACGAGACGGUAGGCAACAUGCAAUUUUCACGGAUAUGCACCUUGACAAAUCUGGCUUCGGCAUUUGAGCAUAAAAUCCACGGCCCUCGAGUUUGUUUGCGGAGUUGGGAUUAA